AAUGCCUCCCGCGCUACUUCGAGGGCCCCCUCAAGGCUCACGACCCCGACACCAUCGCCGUGCUGAGGGAGUACCUGGUUCCUCCGCCUCUGGACCCCGACCGCCGGCCCUUCGACGUCAGCGAGCCCGUGUGGAAGAAGCUGCUGGACUGGUCGACCGUGCAGGAGGCCCUCAGGGACGUGUGGAAGGAUCAGGCGCCGGGCACCUUCGUGGAGGUGGGCGCGGUCGACGGGGACUUCAUGAGCCAGACGCUGUUCCUGGAGAAGAACCUGAGCUGGUCGGGCCUCCUGCUCGAGCCGGACCCGAGGUCCUUCAGGAUCCUGCAGGAGAGGCGGCGGAACGCGUGGACGGCGCCGCUCUGCGUGAAGUACAGCGCUCCCGGCCAGAUGCGGUACUGGCUGCGCGACCUCGAGCCUGACCUCCCCGAGCACUUCCUGCAGCUGCUGAUGGCCCGGAGCAAGCUGGACGAGGACACACUCACAGGGGACGAGGAACGCGGGAGGCGCAUCUGGGUCACGUGCGCACCGCUUUCCUCCAUCCUCAUGGCCGCCAACAUGACCAAGAUCGACAUGCUGACCAUCUCGACAGGCUCGGAAAAUGACGAGACGAAGAUCAAGGACGUCCUCUUCUCCAAGAAGUUUGAGGUGAAG